AUGGUUGCAACUUUUGCACAAUUCCUAGUGGGAAUACCACGGUUUUUCUUUGAUGACCACGAAUCGACAGGUGUAUCAACAACGCUGACCCACGACCUUGUGAGGGCCAGUGGCAUCAUAAGUGACAUUGCAGAGCAUCUCGAUAAGGCCAUAUUAAUGCUUAAAGAAGUACAACUACAUGACAGAUCCAAAAAUUUACUGUGGUAUUUUGAUGGUCGAGAUCGAGUCAAUGAGAUGCUUGGAGAUCUCGUCCGUUUCGACUCAAUUAUGGCGACGAAUCUCAGCUUGAUCGAAAAUUCGAACAGCACCCAAACCAGCGGCUUCAUAUCCAAGAUUGAAGCUACUAAUGAUAAGUUACUAGAUGCUAAGCAGCAACUUUUAAAGUACAAAAAAUACACCGAUUUGGCGGUGGCAUAUCGAGAAAUGCUGGUAGAGAUUAUUGGUGGAAUCGUCGACGAAAUUGACCAGUGUGCUCGUAUAGUCCAGCGACUCUCUCAUACCAAAAUCAGCGACAAUUUUAUGGUAAAACUUUCAAUAUCAGAACUAGCCGAGAAACUAAAGCUCAUGGAUUUGACCAGGCCCUCUGAGCUCCUUUUGCAUUUAGACCACGCCAGCAUUUACCACGAUUUUCGCAGCCUUGAAAGCAAGGCAGAACCAUUGCAUGCAUCUAUCGAUUUUUUACCAUACAAAAUGGAGGAAUUUGAACGAAUAUGCCUGGGUUAUGUCAUUAAAGCUGAGGAGGAAGUGGAAGAUAUCCGUCGCAGUUUGCAGCGGCUUCAAAGACAGUAUAAUUUGCUUCAAGAAUCCAUCAAUUGCGAGAAACACCGUCUAGUAGAAAAGCAAUGGCAUGCAAUUUUUGCUCGAGUGUUGGAAGUUGUUCUGUAUGAAACCAGAGAGCUUUGUUCUCUUCAUAAAAGUCAGGUUCCUGCUAGCAACGAGUUUGGUCUGAAGUACAAAUUAUGUUCAAAUUUCAUGGCUUUACUUCACAGAGCUGCAAAGAAUGCUCUUUUAGGAAGCUCUCAGCGACUCAAGUUUCUGGAAGCUGCUCGAGAGUGGAAUGAGUUCAACUCGACUAUAAGUUUACCCCAGAAUAAUCCGCUGCAAGAUGUCCAAGAAUACUCUGGAUUGAGAAAGUUUCACACUAGAAAAGUUUCAGCUGAAACUCACACCAAAACCGCUGGUUUAGGCUUGGAUCUUGGAAUCGAUGUCAAGUCGUCCAACGUUCCGUUCAGCAUCCAAAAGAACGAUAGAAUUCGGGACUUUUUGAAAGACGACGAUCAUAUUCCAGCCAGAGGUUCUAAGAACAUACUUGAAGAAUUUCGCCAACUUUCUGUCGACAGUCCUGAAUACACCGAUCCCGACGACGAAGAAACGUUGGUCAAUUCGAAAACACCCCAAUCUGUCCUAAAAGAUUCUACUCCACAAUUGAAUUCAAAACCAUCUUUCACUGGCUUAAUGGACCUUGGAAGCCCCUUUGUCAUGCAAUACGGACGUCCUCUCUUGGAAGAAAGGUCGCUGACGCCGUCUCGUAUUCCAAUAAUACGUCCUAAUUAUCAUCUUUUGAACGUUAAAGAAAUCGCCAAGAAAUCAGGACCCACCAAGAUUCCAAGCAUUAGUCCAAAUCACCAGGUUUUUCUUCACUCUCCAGAAAGAGAUACCAUGAUCUCCAGACCACAAUUAGGACACUUUAGACAAUCAUCUCGUUCCACAAUUGCAUUCCCAUCGCCAACUCCAUUGCGGUCGGAACUCGAGUCUACAAAAAUUUUACCAAAAGCAAGACUUACCCUCAAAAGUACUCCAAACCUUUCCUAUCUGUCGCCAAGCUACUCUUCGCCUAGAAACUUGAAAUCCACAGAUUCUAGGGCAGAUGAGGUUAUUUGGCACCAGCCGGUUCAAACUCCAAAACCCCGGUGGAAAUAA